AUGAAUAUCAAUGCAAAUCAAGCGGCACAAACAGCAGGAUAUGCUGGACAAGCUAUGAAUGCAUUCCAAGCUGCAGUGAAUAUCGAUAAUCAACAACCGAAACCUGAGGGAACAACAUUCUGGUUUCGUUGGCUUAUUCGUAUUGUUGCUAUUGUAACUGGCAUUCUUGCCAUGAUAUGUGGUGUGUUUGGAGCACUGAGUACGAGUCCUUCGUGUAUUGUAGCUGGCGCCAUAACGAUUUUCCUUGGCUUUGCUAUGAUUAUGCUUGAAGUGCCGAUCUGUUGUCAAUUUGUUCGAUUUACGCAACCGGUGGCAAACUUUUCAGAAAAUCGUCCUGCUUGGCAAAAAGCAUUUUUGUAUUCAAUACCACCACUGUUGCCACUUAUUCUCUGCCAAUCGAUAAGCAUAGUAUUGGGUUUCAUUUGUCUACUUGUUAAUGGUGCAAUUCAAUUCAUGUUAGUUGUUGGCAAAAAAGCAUCGAGAGAAGAAAUGAUGCAACGAGCUGCUGGUGCUGAUGACAGCCGGGGACCACGUGUGCCUGAUGGUCCUCCCGUCAAUGCAGCAGGCAAUAAAAGCUUUACAUUUACUCAAUUACCCGAAAACAACGUUAGUGUUGAAUUUACACGAUCUUCUUCGCCUCAUUCUGGAUCACAACCCGCAUUAAACUGCGCGUUAACACAAUGCAGUUCAGGUUCCAACGAUCACAUCGAUUGUCUUCAAUCAUCAACACCUUGCUUCGAUUACCGCAACAUCAACAACAUGAGUUAUUGUGCACCGGGAUGGACCAAUACUGGUAGUAUGAAUAAUGCACGUUAUGAUCACACAGCAUCAGUGUUAACAAAUGGAAAAGUGUUAGUUGCUGGUGGAUCCUAUGGUAGUGCACCCAUGAAUAGCACUGAGUUGUAUGAUCCAUCAACAGGAGUUUGGACAGUUACUGGUAGCAUGAAUAAUGCACGGCAUUUGCACACAGCACCGGUAUUAAUCAGUGGGGAAGUGUUAGUUGCUGGUGGAUCCUAUGCUAAUCAAGCCAUGAAUAGCACUGAGUUGUACAACCCAUCAGCAGGCGUUUGGACAGUUACUGGUUGUAUGAAUAAUACGCGGUUUUCGCACACAGCAUCAGUAUUAGCAAAUGGAAACGUUUUAGUGGCUGGUGGUGAAGAUGCUCGUAGUGAAAUUAUAGAGAGUGUUGAGUUGUAUGAUCCAUCAACAGGAUUGUGGACACCUACUGGUAGUAUGAAUAGUGCACGGUAUUUGCACACAGCAUCAGUAUUAACAAAUGGUACAGUUUUUGUUGCUGGUGGACAUAAUGGUAGUUUUCCUCUCGUGAGUGCUGAGCUGUAUGACCUAUCAACAGGAGUUUGGACACUUACUGGUAGCAUGAAUAAUGCACGGUUUUCGCACACAGCGUCAGUAUUAAGAGAUGGAAAAGUUUUAGUAGCUGGUGGAUAUAAUGGUAGUUUUAUUCUCGCGAGUGCUGAGUUGUAUGAUCCAUCAACAGGAGUUUGGACACUUAUUGGCAGCAUGAAUAAUACGCGUUAUUAUCACACAGCAUCAGUAUUAACAAAUGGAAAAGUGUUAGUUGCUGGUGGAAUACACGAUAAUCAAGCUGCCAAUAGCACUGAGCUGUAUGAUCCAUCAACAGGAAUUUGGACACGUACUGAUAAUAUGAAUGAUGGACGGAUUUUGUACACAGCAUCAGUAUUAACGAAUGAAAAUGUAUUAGUUACUGGUGGGCUUGGAGUUGGAAUCGUUACUCUGAACAGCUCAGAAUUAUAUUAA